UUCCACAGCCGAAUUCACACAGGUAAAAAUGAAUUAACAGGUAGAAAGAAGCGUACGAGACCCCCUUUGGGCGUAGCUGCGAGAUGUCUGGUACUAAAGCUCUGCCCUUUGGAUGUCCUCCGCCGCCGCCUCUUCGUCGAUGAAAUCGAAGAACAUGGGCGCGCAGAACUCGUCUAGGACCGCCACCCCACCGCCGCCGUUCGCCUCGUAUCCUUCUAAAGAUCUCCUGCUUCACCUCGUUUUGUGUCGCCGGAGAACCGAUGUUAGAAGGGGAAUUAGGGUUAUCAUGUCGAUUGCAACGGUCGAGAUAUUUGAAGCAGGCAUCGGCGAAUAGGUACUUUCGAAAGGUUGGAUGUCGUAUCGGGUGGCGCCCCGAACGAGCUACACUCGCGAAUGGUAAUGUGGCCGUGAGCCAUAAAAUCUAGCACCGGCGCGACGACUGAAGUAACGACUCCAAUUUGUAGAUGAGAUGGCGCGCAUCUAGAAGCCUGAGGGAGGAUCGGACGGUGUGCAACCUCUAACUCCGCAUGUCACGACUUAACCGGAACACCCUUUAUGUCUAUCGUUUGGGAGAGAGGACGGUGACAGGCGAAAAUGUUUGGCCGCCUCCAACGCCUUCGCCUCCUCAGAUGCCUCUCGGCCGUCCAAAUCCCUGCCCAACCCCUUCCUCCUAUCGCCGUACCUCCUAACUCCUUGUCCGUUGCGCCAACAGCCGCCGCCCUGAAACCCAUCAGCUGCCCCCGACUCUUCUCCCUGUAUCAUCUGAGGCGGCGAAGACCAAGCGAAAGAGUUCCUUUCUGCUCUCGGUCGACGCAGACGAAUGAAGGCGCCGCCAUGGCCUACCUCUCGGUCCGCAUUCGAUGCCGCAAAUGUGACGCUGAUAUACUUUCAGAGUCUCUAUUGUGCUUUGGUGCUAGUUCUACUAGCAUGGAUGAAUUAAGUGAUUCUCAUGAUCUUGAUGAGAUUUGGAUAACUUGCAUAUUUGCAGUUAAUCAAGAUGUGCAUACUUGCAUCUCGCAUGCCAUCAGCUCAAUUGGUUUGAACUAUGGACCAAAUUAUGAAGUCUCAGUGGGUGAAGAAUGUGAUUGGGUAAAAGGUGUACAGGAAACUUUUCAUCCUGUUGAGGUUACUGCUGGUCUCUGGAUUGUCCCCAAAUGGAGAGAGCCCCCUGAUUUGCAAGCAACAAACAUAUUCCUUGAUCCGGGAAUGGCUUUUGGGACAGGGGAACACCCAACAACGAAGUUGUGUUUGAUGUUGCUACGCAAGUUACUACAUGGUGGAGAACAAUUUUUGGAUUAUGGCACAGGAUCUGGAAUUCUAGGAAUUGCUGCUGUGAAGAUGGGAGCUGCCGCAUCUAUUGGUAUAGACAUAGACCCACAAGCAGUUACUUCAGCUCGUCAGAAUAUUGCAUCGAAUGAUAUGGAUUCCAGCAAAAUGUUGGUCUACUUGGUUCCCAGCAAAACCGACUCAUCGUGUACCGAUGCAGAAAGCAACAUGGAUCCAGAAGAGAGACCUUUGCUUAACCUUGAACUGAAAUCUGCAAAGGGGAAAUUUGACAUCAUCAUUGCAAAUAUACUCCUCAACCCUUUAUUGGAGUUGGCAAAGGAUAUUGUUUCUUAUGGAAAGCCCGGCGCAAACAUUGGUCUAUCGGGAAUCCUAUCCGAACAGGUGCAACAAAUCAAAGAAACUUACUUGCAGUACCUCGAUGAUAUCUCGAUAUCUGAAAUGGAAGGUUGGGCGUGCCUCCAUGGUAUCAGAAAAGAGAACCUGACGUUGUAGUAAGCAAUCUCCAUAGCAACUGGUGUGAUCGAUGAACAGCUGAAUUGUUGUGCUACUAUGAACAUUUUCAAAAGAAAUUAUACAUAUUUUUUUGCUUGACUGA